AUGUCUUUAGAGUCUGAAAUAAUAGAGACGGUAGAGGAGUCUGACUCUGGGCGUCCACAUCAAUUCCGAAGUCGAACGACUGGAGAUUGGCUCAACCAGGACGGAAUCAAGGAAGUCAAAAGGUUUAACGAUUUCCGAACUAUCGAUUGGGUAGAAGAUGAAUUGGACGAGCACAAGAAGAGAUUGAUGAAAAGGAAACAUGUGCGUAUAGGCACAAGUUCAUUUAAGGAUCGUUUGCUUGUUGUGACACAGAACUGGAUCCUUCUCGCUGCCAUGGGGAUCACUAUAGGGUUGAUAGCCGGCUGUUUGAAUAUCAUUACAGCUUGGUUGGGUAGUGUUCGCGUAGGACAUUGUUCACUGAACUUUUAUUUGAGCAAAGCAUUCUGCUGCUGGGGCCAAGACGAGGAAAAGUGUCAAGGCUGGAAUUCGUGGUCUCUGUACACGUUUUUCAAUUAUUUGAUGUACGUAGGGAUAUCGUUGUGUUUUUCUACCACUUCAGCUGUAUUGGUAAAGCACUACGCUCCUUCUGCAGCCGGCUCAGGCAUCUCGGAGAUCAAGUGUAUUGUGUCUGGGUUUGUGAUGGAGGGAUUUUUGGGGUGGUGGACGUUGUUGAUAAAAUCCAUAGGUCUACCUUUGGCUAUUGCUUCUGGCCUAAGUGUAGGAAAAGAAGGUCCCAGCGUUCAUUAUGCUGUCAGUGUAGGUAACUCGAUAGCGAAAUUGGUGCAGAAGUACAGAAAGAGUGCUUCUAAGGCCAGAGAGUUUCUUACGGCUACUUCUGCUGCCGGUGUGGCUGUAGCGUUUGGUUCUCCUAUGGGAGGGGUGCUUUUUUCCAUUGAAGAGAUUUCGUCUGUAUUCCAGUUAUCCACUAUCUGGAAGUCAUACUUUUGUUCGUUGAUAGCUGUGGCAACGUUGGCUGCAGUUAACCCAUUCAGGACAGGUCAAUUGGUUCUUUUUGAGGUUACCUAUGAUACCCAAUGGCACUACUUCGAGAUUCCGCUCUACAUAAUAUUAGGUAUAUUCGGGGGUGUCUAUGGAAUUGUUGUCUCUAAGUUCAACAUCAGAGUAGUCGCUUUCAGAAAGAAGUAUUUGGGCAAUUUCGCAAUCCGAGAGGUGUUUAUUCUUUCGUUGUUCACAGCUAGUUUCAGUUAUUUCAACGAAUAUUUGAGAUUAGACAUGACUGAAUCUAUGCAAAUUCUUUUCCACGAGUGCGAUGUAAAGUUCAGUCAUUCUAUAUGUGAUCCUAACUCCAAAAAGACACCUAUACUUGCUUCCUUGAUAUUUGCCACCAUCGCAAGAAUGGGAUUGACUAUUAUUACCUACGGUUGUAAAGUUCCCGCAGGUAUCUUUGUUCCAUCCAUGGCUGCUGGUGCCACCUUCGGGCGUGCACUCGGAAUUAUUGUAAACUAUUUCUACCAAGAACACAAAGAUUCAUCUAUCUUCCUGACUUGCCCAGCUAAUGGCCGCUGUAUCAUUCCAGGUACAUAUGCCUUCUUAGGAGCUGCAGCCGGCUUAAGUGGUAUCACAGAUCUCACUGUAACAGUAGUGAUCAUUAUGUUUGAAUUGACGGGAGCCUUGAGAUUCAUCCUUCCAACAAUGAUUGUAGUUGCGAUCACCAAAGCCAUAAACGACAAAUGGGGACAUGGUGGAAUUGCUGAUCAGAUGAUUAAGUUCAACGGCUUACCGCACAUAGACGCCAAGGAAGAGUUCACCUUUGAUACGACAGUGGAAAGCGCCAUGUCUACUGUAGUUGUAACAUUUCCCUGUGAUAUCCAGGAGGCUAUCACUUUGGAACAGUUGAAACAGACUUUAUCCAAAACAACAUUUAGGGGCUAUCCUCUUAUUCAAUCGUCAGCAAAUCCCAAAAUCGUCGGAUUUGUGUCCAGAGCAGAUUUGGAAUACGUAAUCCACAAUUACGAUGGAGUCAGCGACACUACAAAAUGUAAUUUCAGUAACACAGAUAGAAGUGACUCUAUGAUUGACUUUAAACCAAUACUAAACAGAUCCCCUUUGACAGUUAACAUCGAUUGUCCGUUAGAGUAUGUCUUGGAGGUAUUUGUUAAAAUGGGACCCAGAUACAUACUAAUCGAGAAUGAAGGUAAUUUAGUUGGUAUAAUCACUAGAAAAGACAUUUUGCGAUUUGAAUAUUCAUUACAUUCUCUUCACACGAACACAUUUGAACAACAGCUUCACGAAGCGUUUGAUGCCAAGGUAUGGGAAAUCAUGAACUACUUCUCGCGUGGAUUACGGAAAAACUCCGGAAGACUUCUCUACAACGACGAGAACAGGUUUAUGUAA